AUGUUUUGGGCAACGUUGUCGUUUGUGGCUUGUGUUAUUACGUCCAGCAUCGGAAUGAUCAUCUAUUCAAAUAGUCUUGACCAUAUACGAACCGGUAUUGAAAUAUUGCCACAACAAUUGAAUACUACCACAUCUGCGAAACUUACCGUGCUUCAAUUUCUGACCGUCAUGUAUAAAAACCAACGUUUGUGCUCACUAGCGUCCAUCCGGGUGAAAAAUGAAGUCGUUCAUCUGGUUGAGCAACUUAGUGGAGAUAUUGAAGAUAUGGACUUAAACCAGUUUGGAUAUCUUGAAAAUUUCCCGGCAGCUAGAAUGCACAAAGCUGUGAAGGUUAUUCUCAAUCUUACCAGUCAGUUAUCUUCAUUUAAGCCAUCGGUCGUCGAAUUUCGACUACAUGUUGAAGAUAUGUUCUCAGAGGUUCUGCAGUAUGUGAGUAGGGAAACCGUAAAAUUACAAAGGCAGCUAGCGUACAUUUUCACUGAAAGGAAUUUUUCACAACGUCUCCACGAUCUUCUCGGAUACACAUUACUUAUUCCCUUCACUCUCCUUUUUCUUUCUGUUAUCGGUUUAGCUGGUAUUUCAGUCAGCUGGGCAUUCUACAGUAGUCGUGAUCGUCACAGCAGUCGAGAAUCACGUCGUGGCGCUUUUUCGAUGGUCGCCGCGUCAGCACUUACCACGACUGGCUAUACGGCGAUGUUUGUUGGAGCGUUGUUAUGCUUAAUGACAGCGUAA